AUGACUGCCGCUGAUGCCGACGUACUCAUUAUCGGUGCUGGCAUGUCAGGCAUUGGAUUCGCCAUCCAAUUGCAGAAGAAGUACAGAAAUGCUACUUUCGAGAUUUAUGAGAAAGGCACCGAAGUGGGAGGAACCUGGGCCGUCAACACAUAUCCUGGCUGCGGAGUUGAUGUCCCUUCCCACUUCUACUCGUAUUCAUUCGGACUGAACCCGCAUUGGACGCGCAAAUUCACCAUGCAGCCUGAGAUUCUUGCCUACUUCAAAGACGUAUCUCGCCAGCAAGGUAUCGACUCCCACAUAAGUCUCCAGUGCAGCGUCAUCAAAGCCGAGUGGCAGUCCGAGUCUAGCAUCUGGCUCGUCGAUAUCCUCAACCACCGCACCAACAAAGUCAUCCAGAGACGAGCCAACAUCCUCAUUACAGCUGUUGGUGCCCUCAGCAUCCCCAAAAAGUGCGAAGUCCCAGGCCACGAGACCUUCGAGGGCAACAUCUUCCACUCUGCAACUUGGGACCACAGCUUCGACCACGCCAACAAGAAUGUCGUGGUGCUUGGGAACGGCUGCAGCGCCACGCAGUUCGUGCCCGUCAUUGCACGGACUGCAAAGAGCGUCACCCAGUUUGCGCGCCAACCGCACUGGUUGCUCGAGCGUCCCAAUCCAGAGUAUUCGGCACUGUUCCGCUUCGUGAUGCGCUGGGUCCCUGGUGCCAUGAUUUUACUCCGCGCCGUCAUCUAUGCUCAACUCGAGGCUGAGUGGCUCAUGUUCAAUACUUCAACGGGCAAGAACGCGCGUCAGAAGUUGAGCGAGGCAUCUAGAAAGUACAUUAGGGAGAAUGCACCAGCUGAGUAUGUCAAUGCGUUGGUGCCCAAGUUCGAAGUUGGUUGCAAGCGUCGCGUGUUUGACACAGGAUACCUAGAGGCGCUGCAUAGGCCUAACCUCCAUCUUAUCUCAGAUGAUCCUGUUGAGCGGGUUGGCCGGCGCAGCGUCUUUCUCCGUUCGGGCAAGGAAUUCCCAGCUGACGCCAUUGUGCUGGCUACUGGGUUUGAAACGACAAAACUGCUCGCGCCGAUGGAGAUUAUAGGUCUUGAAGGGGAGAGCGUUGAAGAUCAUUGGAACAAGCAUAACGAUGGACUCCCCCUAGCCUAUUACGGAACUUGCAUUGCCGGCUUCCCAAACAUGUUCAUCAUGAUGGGCCCCAACACACUCACCGGUCAUCUGUCGGUUACAUGGUCGACUGAGUGCCAGAUAAACUUCACCCUCCGCGUCAUCGAUCCCAUUUUAUGCUCACUGCACCCGCCAAAAAUAUCUCUUUGGCCCUCGCGAACAGUAGAGGCUGUCCAAGUCAAACAGCAGGCCGAAAAUGAAGAGAACUCAUGGAUCCAGUCCAAGUGUAAAAGCUUGGUUUGGUCGUCGGGAUGCAGUAACUGGUAUGUCGAGCCCAAGACGGGUAAGAAUCUGUUGAUCUAUCCUGAAUGGCAGUGGCACUUUUGGUUGAGAAGUAUCUUCAUUCGCUGGGGAGACUUUCGGUUUGUUUCUGACCUUAAGAGCGGUGGCCGAAUAUCUCCCCUGUGGGUAUUGCUACCGGCUCUCGCUGGUCUUUCAUUCGUUAUGGAUAAAAUUACAGUAUCGUCUGUAUCGCGGCUGUUGAAUGACAAGCUUGUGUUAUCCUUUGCCAGUAGAUAG